AUGAUGAAUGCAAUGGGAAGAGGUAAUGAUAAACCAUUGAAAAACAAAGAAAAUGUCAUUCAUUGUAGAGCUUUAAGAGAAAAGGCAGCAAAGAAUGCUAUAAAUAAAAAAGUCGUGCCUGUCGUAAAUUGUGGUUCAUCUGGCGUAAUUUGCCAAAUAACGGGUCACACAAUGAUUAAGUAUAAGUCAUCACCACAAUCACCAUUGGCACCAGCCACUGGAAUUCUUGCUUCUAAAACUUACGGGCAGUCAUCCCCAAAUUUGAGAUAUACAUCUCAAAAAGAUGUCUCAACUUUGGCCGCAAAAGAAAAAAGCGAGGAAGAAGAUAAGGUUACUAAAAAUGAACCUUAUAUUUAUUAUAAAAAGAAGCAACCUAAGUUUGAUAAUGAACUUGCUCCUAUUUGGAAAUAUGGAGGACCAUUAUCUACUUUACUUCCACCAGCUAUGCCAGAAGCUUCAUCUUCUUUUAAUGCACAUUCUGGACUGAAUAUAUGCAAAACAUCUAAUGAUGGUCAAUCAUUUACAACAGCUGAUGAUUAUUUCUUUUUUACCGUUGACGAGCGUAACAAAUAUAUUCCAAUCCCAUCAAAGCAACAUUACGGUUUCGGUACGAGUCCAACCUUUAAUACUGGUUCAUACUAUUCUGAUGAAGAUAAGUACUCUUCAGAUUCCCAAAAAUCAUUAAAUACAUCAGAAGAAAAUAUUGUUACUUUACCAAAUAUCCUCGAUACAACAGAUGAUCUUCAAUUUUUUAUGGAGCUUUAA